AUGUCUGGAACCACAUACUCCCAUGCGCGAAUGGACCGUGGUAUCACACCCAAAAGCUCUGCCCCACGAUAUGCCUUGAAAGCACCAGAGCGACAAGUCGCCUUUCGGCAAGAACAUAUCGCGACGGAGAAAACAACGCUAUUAUUCAAGCCUCAUGGCAAUAGCGAGUCAGAUCGUGAAUAUAAGAUCUUAGAUCAAGAGGGCUAUUUAGCAUUCACAGCGACUGGUCGAAAAUACAAUGAUCGCUCGUGUCGUGAACUCCGCGACUCGUCCGGGUUACCGUUGUUCGAUAUCCACACCAAACCCUUGUCAAGUGCUCUAGGUUGGGUUGUUACCUUGCCCGGGAGCAAAAUCAGCAAGGUGACAAUAGCGAAAGCGACACCUAAGUGGACUUGGAAUAGCAUCAACUUGGUCUUCUCGUUUCGAAAUGGCGCGGCCGAGGAUAGAAAACGCGAGACGGACAAGGAGCUCACGCUGAUGGUAAAAAAGCACGGGAAGGCACUAGCCUUUUUUGAUAUUGUGGAUGUGGACAGGAGGAUUGCUGAAUUGCGCGAGAGUAUCACCCACAACGAAAGAUUGGCUUUGAGAAGAACGAAGCGCGGAGGCCAUCGCCCUGCUUUGGAUCUCAUUGUGAGUCCUGGUGUGGAUAUUUCGCUGGUGACGGUAAUUGCAGUCAUUGUGUCUGACUGGUUUUUUGGAUCGAGUUAA